AUGGUGAUGGAGAAAUCAAAACGAGCGCGCGCGAGCGAUGCGGGCGGGAAAGAGGCGAAGAAGGCUGCGGGGGCGAACGGACAAGCGGCGGCGACAAUGGCGGAGGAGAAGCUAGCGGAAUUCGUGGAGAAGAUGCGGAAACUGCACGAGGAGAUCGAGGAGGUGACGGACAAGGCGACCGAGGAGGUGCUGGAGGUGGAGCGCUCGUUUGUGUCACAACGCCGGAGGCCGCUGUACGAUAAGCGCAAGGCCGUGCUCGAUAAGAUCCCGCACUUCUGGCAAAACGUGCUGUGCAACUGCGGUGCCAUACGGCACAGCACGGUGGAGCAGGAUGUGAAGGUGUUGAAGCACCUCACGAGUCUAGACGUGGAGGAAUGCAAGGAGGAGGGCGAUAUCGGUUACACCAUCACCAUGACGUUCAGUCCGAAUCCGUUUUUCAGCAACGAGACCCUCACACGGGCGCUGGUGAUGCAGGAUGAGCUCACUCUGCGCGUCACAGGCACUCGCAUCAACUGGAAGGAGGGGCAGGACUACACAGCAGGCAUCAAGGCAUAUGUGGACGAUGAGGAGGAGGAGGAGGAGGGGAAGGAGGGGGAAGAGGGCAAGGAGCAGCUCGUCAGUUUGUUCAGCUGGAUAGCAUUUGGGGACGACGACCCCAUCUCUGUCGCGAAUGACGAUGUGAGUGGGGAACAAGGGGAAGGGAGAGGUGUGAGGAUGGGGUAG